CUGUGUCAGGAGGAAAUUCUGAAAAAAAAAACUGGGUAUGUGGUUAUGCGUGCUGAAGGUAUAUUUGACGUGGAUGCUAAUACAUCUAUCGACCAGCUAUCUGAAGAUAUAAACAUUAAAAUGCCAGAGGGUCAUCAGUAUGAGAUAGUGUCAAGUUUUGUCUGUGAGGCAUUUGGAUAUAUUCCGAGGACAGGUGAGACCAUAAAAGCGGUCCUUGAAAGAGCUUGUCAAGAAGAUCAUGGUGAUUAUAAUGGGGCAGAAUCUAACCGUCUAGAUGAAAACGAGAAGACUCAUAUAUUUAAACUUGAGAUAUUAGCUGGGAAUGCAAGAAAGGUUAGUGCUGUUCGGUUUGAACGAAUAAACAAUGAAGAGGCGGCAUCAGGGGCCAAAGACGUUACUCUUUUGGUAACAAAAAUUAGGAUAUUAAAAUCAGGCAGUGAUGAUGAAUUAGCUAGGACAGAGUUUGAUGAGGAUCAGGUUCACGAAGUAGCAAAUGAUUAUGUGUCUAUACAGGAAGACAGUAAUAAGGAUCAGUCGAGCAAUUAG